AUGGCUCCUCCCAGCCCGGCCACGCCCACUGGGGGACUUUCCCUGGGGAUCCAUUCCGCCGGUACGGGCCCCAAUUGGUACAUCAACGUCGUUGACUGGGUCUUGCUGGACGAAGUCGCUGGUUCACAGGAGCGGCCCCACCCAGUCUGCACAGUCUCGACUCCAUCGCCUUCCCGAAUCCCGAGCGCUAUGGCCUGUGAAGUCGGUGCCUGCGGUGUCGAUCCUGCCUUGUCCUGA